GGCCGCCAUCUCCCUCCUUCCUCAAAGAGAGAGAGAAAAGUUCAGUUCUUACCGGCAGCCGUCAUGUCGGCGAAAUGGCGGGCUCUGCAGCACCGCCACCGUUACACCUACAGCGCUGUCGUCUUUCCUCAAUCCUUCACUGAUUCCUUGAACCAGUCAUCUCUGUCUACGUCCUCCCUGAGCUUCUACUCGGAGCUUCAAGAGCUAAUCUCUCUAAACUCCAUUUAUGCCCAAGUCAAUCACGCCAAGAAAGUCGCUGCUUCUUUCAUCGAGUUGUUACAAUCAUCAGGCAAUAGUGGAGGAGAAAGAGAAGAAGUGGUUUCAAAAGCAGUGCGGUUCUAUUUGGAGAUUUUGUUCUUAGAGAAUUCCUUGCCUCUGCAUAGAACCUUUGUGUCAGUUUUCGCAAAGACCCGUAAUUUCCAGUCUGUAAUUGUUGAGUGCUUCCGGUUGCUUUGUACUGAGUAUGGCACAAUGAGCAACAGAGGGAAGCGGUUUUGUGUCUCACGCGUGGCCUUGUCUGUGAUGAGUAUGCCUAAGUUGGGAUAUUUAGUGGAUGUGGUUGAAGACUGCUCGGUUUUGGUUGCUUGGGACAUUGUUAUUGGGUUGAACAGUGUGGUUUUGGAGACUAAUGAGUGGGCUAGGCCUUCCCCAAUUGCUAUGGAGCAGUGCCAGGAGGCUUUGUCUUGCUUGUAUUACUUGCUUCAGCGUUUCCCGACAAAGUUUAAGGAUUUGGGCAGAGAAGAUUCGGAUGCAAUGGAGAGGGUUGUGGUGGUUCUGAUAAGUAUAUUGAAAUCAGUGGCCUUUUCACGGGAUUGUUUUGUGGCGGCUGGUGUGAGCCUUUGCGCUGCUUUGCAAGUGUGCCUCGGUGCAGAAGAGCUUGGUUUGAUUAUUAUUGAAGGUAUACUCUAUCAAGCUACUUGUAGUUUUGGUAGUUCUGGUGAUGAUGUGUUUAGGGAUGCUAUUUGUAAAGUUCCAUUUGAAGGGGAUUUUUGUUCUGAAAUUCGUAAUCUUUCUGCCUUAAGUAGGCUUUGCUUGAUGAGAGGCAUACUUACUGCUGUUUCAAGAACAGUUCUCAAUGCCCAUUUUGUUGUGUCAAGGGAUAAAUUGAACGGUUGUCAACCUCAUGAAAAUGGUGUUAAUUCCAUUAAAACUAUAUUGUAUGAUGGGAUUUUGCCUGAGCUAUGUGAUUACUGUGAGAACCCUACUGAUAGCCAUUUUAAUUUCCAUGCAUUAACUGUGAUGCAAAUUUGCCUACAGCAGAUUAAAACAUCAAUGUUGGGUAAUCUCACAAACUUGUCAGAAAACUAUGAUCCACUGCCAGAGGAUAUGGGGGCGCGAAUAUUGAGGAUUAUAUGGAAUAACUUGGAAGAUCCCCUAAGUCAAACAGUCAAACAAGUCCAUCUUAUUUUUGAUCUUUUCUUAGAUAUUCAGUCUGCUAUUCAUGAUACAGAUGGUAAUGAGAAGAUAAAGUCAUUACUGCAAAAAAUUGCUUCAGAUCUUCUGCGCUUGGGGCCACGAUGUAAGGGUAGAUAUGUUCCAUUAGCUUCAUUAACCAAGAGGUUGGGAGCAAAGACCAUGUUGGAUAUGUGCCCUGGUCUGCUGUUUGAAACAGUACAGGCAUACAUGGAUGAUGAUGUGUGUUGUGCUGCAACAUCAUUCUUGAAGUGUUUCCUUGAAUGCUUGCGUGACGAGUUCUGGAGUAGUGAUGGUGUUGAAAGAGGGUAUGUUCUCUAUCGACAGCAUUGCUUGCCCCCCUUUUUGUAUGGCCUUGCUUCUGGAGUUUCGAAGCUCCGCUCGAAUUUGAACACAUAUGCUUUGCCAGUUUUAUUAGAAGUUGAUGUUGAUGGUAUAUUUCCCAUGCUUGCUUUCAUCUCUGUUGGGCCAAGCAGUGAGGAUGAUGAACUCUUAUACCCUGAGCUUGAUGGUACAGACAUGGAACUUAGUGUAGAGCAAAAAGUAGCUGUUUUGGUAUCCCUGCUUAAGGUGUCUCGUUCACUGGCUUUGAUUGAAGGGGACAUUGAUUUAUGUGAAUAUUCUACAAAAUUUAAUGCAGAUGGUUGGCUGGAAAGAGAAAACCUUACCUAUGCCCUUGUCUGCAUAAAGGGGAUAACUGUUAGGGUCCUAGUUGGGUGGCUCUUGUUGGCUUUGACCCAUAUUGAUGAGUCACUCCGUGUAGAUGCCGCUGAGUCUCUUUUCUUGAAUCCUAAGACAGCUAGUCUGCCUUCCCAUUUGGAACUUGCUCUAAUGAAAAAAGCCAUGCCAUUGAAUAUGAGGUCUUCUUCAACAGGUUUUCAGAUGAAAUGGACCAGCCUGUUCAGAAAGUUCUUUUCUCGAGUACGUACUGCCCUGGAGAGGCAAGUUAAGCAAGGCAGCUGGCAACCUUAUGUAAAACACAAAGAUGGUGAACUGACUUUAUUGAAGGGAACCGAGGAAAGUGUUAUAGGAAGAGCAGAGGAAUUAUUUAAUUUUAUGAGGUGGUUGAGCUGUUUUCUCUUUCUCUCAUGUUAUCCUUCUGCUCCUUAUAAGAGGAAAAUAAUGGCCAUGGAGCUCAUACUUAUACUGGUCAAUAUUUGGCCAGUUCUACCUUCUCAAGAAAACCAUGGUUCUAGUUACCUUGAGAACUCUCUUUAUCCCUACAGUCAAGGAAUUACUUCGCCUGAGUUAACUUUCUUGUUAGUUGGAUCUGUAAUUGAUAGUUGGGACAGGCUGAGAGAGAGUUCCUUUCACAUAUUACUACGUUUUCCCACCCCACUUCCUGGCAUUACAACCCAUGACAUGGUCCAGAAGGUAAUUGCAUGGGCCAAGAAAUUAGUUUGCAGCCCACGUGUGAGAGAGAGUGAUGCUGGAGCUUUGACUUUGCGGCUUAUAUUUAGAAAGUAUGUGCUGGACCUUGGGUGGAUGGUAAGAGCUUCAUUUAAUGUUGUUUCUUCCCGUUUGCAGUGUGAACUCUUAAAUGGGGAUUGUGUUGUUUCUAAAUCUAUGCACCCUGUGAUGGAAUACAUACAAUCACUGAUUCAUUGGUUGAAUGCUGCUGUGGAGGAGGGAGAGAAGGAUUUAUCUGAAGCAUGCAAGAACAGUUUUGUUCAUGGUUUAUUGCUUACUCUACGAUAUACUUUUGAGGAAUUGGAUUGGAAUUCUGAUGCAGUCUUGUGUUGCAUUUCUGAAAUGAGAUAUGCAUUAGAGAAACUUUUGGAGCUGGUUAUGCGGAUAACUUCAUUGGCCCUUUGGGUGGUUUCUGCAGAUGCAUGGUAUCUGCCAGAAGACAUGGAUGAGAUGGUUGAUGAUGACGCAUUCUCGUUGGAUGUUAGAGAUGAGAUUGCUGGGCCUACAACUUUAUCAGAAUGUGAAGACAGUGGUUCAAAACUUAUACUGGAUGCAAGAUCAUCAGAACAAGUUGUUAUGGUUGGUUGCUGGCUGGCUAUGAAAGAGGUAAGUCUUCUCCUGGGAACAAUCAUUAGGAAAAUUCCAUUGCCAAGUAACAGUUCUUCAGAUACAUUAGAAUCUAGUGCUGCAUCUGUUCCUGUGAUGGCUGUAUCUGAUGGAAUGCUUGAUCUGAAGCAACUAGAGGAGAUAGGGAACCAUUUCUUGGAAGUUCUUUUGAAGAUGAAGCAUAAUGGUGCAAUUGAUAAGACAAGAGCUGGCUUUACUGCUCUUUGCAAUCGUCUACUUUGUUCAAAUGAUCCACAGCUUUGUAAGUUGACAGAUACUUGGAUGGAGCAACUAAUGAGAAGAACAGUGGCAAAGGGACAACUAGUUGAUGAUUUGUUAAGAAGAAGUGCUGGUAUACCUGCAGCUUUCAUUGCCCUCUUCCUCUCAGAACCAGAAGGUGCUCCCAAAAAGCUCCUGCCACAGGCACUCCGGUGGCUAAUAGAUGUAGCUAAUGGGUCAUUGCUGAAUCUGGCUGAAGCCAAUGACACAAACAGUUCAUCAGGCAAGAGUUCAUCAAUGAACCCAAGCCAAGACAAGGAUUUGGCACUGCCCUCUGAGAUGAUUGGAAGUGAGAGAGCCUCAAAGAUCCGAGAUGAGGGUGUCAUUCCAACAGUGCAUGCAUUUAAUGUCCUCAGAGCUGCUUUCAACGACACCAACCUAGCUACUGAUACUUCUGGUUUCUCUGCUGAGGCUUUGAUUGUUUCAAUUCGCUCCUUCUCUUCCCCUUACUGGGAGGUUCGAAACAGUGCUUGUCUGGCAUACACUGCCUUGGUACGUCGCAUGAUUGGGUUCCUUAAUGUUCAGAAACGAGAAUCUGCAAGACGUGCAUUAACAGGUCUUGAAUUUUUUCAUAGGUAUCCCUCAUUGCAUCCGUUCCUGUUCAGUGAACUGAAAGUUGCUACCGAAUUACUCGGUGAUACAUUGCCUGCAAAAUCAGAAUCUAACCUGGCAAAAGUUGUGCAUCCAAGCUUGUGUCCUAUGCUGAUUCUUUUAUCCAGGCUCAAGCCGUCAGCCAUUGCAAGUGAGACUGGUGAUGACCUGGAUCCCUUUCUGUUCAUGCCAUUCAUUAGGAAGUGCUCAACCCAAAGCAAUCUACGUGUUCGUGUUCUUGCAUCUCGAGCUUUGACGGGGCUGGUAUCUAAUGAAAAAUUGCCAACUGUCCUCCUCAAUAUUGCUACUGAAUUACCUUGUACAGAGAAUAAAAUCACAGUAGCUCCUUCGUCAUCCAUCUCCUUACACCCUGCCAAUGGAACCUACUGUGCUUCCUUUAAUUUACUUCAUGGAAUUCUUUUGCAAUUAGAUUCUCUCCUUGAUACAAAUUGUAGAAAUCUGGCUGAUUUCUCAAAGAAAGAUCAGAUUCUGGGCAACUUGAUUAAAGUUCUUGUGAUGUGUUCAUGGAUUGCUAGUCCAAAAAGAUGUCCCUGUCCCAUUCUCAAUGCCUCAUUCAUUCAAGUGUUGGAUCACAUGCUUGGUAUUGCAAGAACAUGCCAUGCAAGCAAAAAUUUUUUUGCCAUUCGAGACCUGCUUUUGGAUUUAUCUACAGAGUGCUUAGAUGUGGAAGCUUCUUAUGGACUGUCAUAUUAUGAUCCAACAAUAGCUGAAGUUCGUCAACAAGCAGCCAUAUCUUAUUUCAGUUGCGUGUUUCAAGCACCUGAUGAAGUAGAUGAAGAGGUUCUUCAAAUUCCACAAAGACCUUCUCCACUUGAUUCUCCAUCUGAUUUAAGUCUGUCAAAUGUACCCAAAAUGGAGAAUGGUUUUGCUGGACUCGUUGAAAGGUUGGUCCGUUCUUUAUCUGAUUCUUCAUAUGAAGUUCGACUAGUAACUCUGAAGUGGUUACUUAAGUUCUUGAAAUCAAGAGAAUCUGUCAGCAGUGUUCAUGGUUCAACACAUAGCAGUGAGACAAGGAUUAUUCAUAACUGGAUGAAGUUUAACCUUCAGACAACAUUGAUUAACCUCUUGGAACUUGAGAAGAAUCACAGGUGUACACAUUACAUCCUGAGGAUUAUUUUCACUUGGAACAUGCUUAAGUUUGAGAAACAUGAUGAAGAAAAGUGCAUUGGAUCAAGUUACGUUGGUGCAAUGGAUUGUCAUUCUGUGUUCCAGCUUUGGAAUGUGUUGAUGUCCUCUUACAAAGUCACAAGACAUGCUAAAACCCGAGAAGCACUCAUCUGUUGCCUGGCUAUCUGUGUUAAGCAAUUUGUGAGGCUAUAUACUAGUUCUGUUCUUACUAAUAAGGAGCAGAAAAUCACCGAAGGCAGUGAAACUUGUCAAGUGGAAUCAGCUACCUUGUAUGAGUGCAUAAUCAUUUUUGUUGACCUAAUUAAGCAGCAUGGUUCUUCAUCUGAACCAGUGAACAUGCGCAAGUCAGCAGCUGAGUCUAUGCUAGCAUCUGGUCUACUGGAACAAGCUCAGCUUAUUGCUUCUUCUGUAUUCAAUCAUCAAAGCUCUUCAGGAAAUUCAUAUGCAUGUUUUGAACCACAAGAAGCUGCAGAUAAUUAUGCAUGUCGAGUACUGGAGGUAUGGUUCACAUGUAUCAAAUUGUUGGAGGAUGAAGAUGAUGGAAUCAGACAAAGGGUUGCAAAAGAUAUUCAGAAGUGUCUAUUCACUAAAAUUUCUGGAAGGAACUCAAACAUUGGCAGGGUACCAACUCAAGUGGAAAAGGUUAUUGAACAGAGUUUUGACUAUUUAUCUUCUCUCUUUGGCCACUGGAUUGGAUACUUUGAUUACCUUGUGCAAUGGGUGCUUGAUGCAGCGGAUUAUGUGAUUACCCAAGGUGAUCUUGUAAGGCAGGUUUUUGACAAGGAAAUUGAUAACCAUCAUGAGGAGAAGCUGUUGAUCAGUCAAAUCUGUUGUUCCCAUUUGGAGAACCUUCCCAUUAUAAAAUCUUGGGCAGGUGAUAAAGCAAAUAAAGUUGGGGUUGUGAGUUAUCUUUAUGACUGGAGAAUGAGAUUUUCUCUCCAGUUGACAUCAUUUGCCAAGGACCAUAUUGGAAAACUGGGAGUUGAUUGGAUAGGUGGUGUGGGUAACCACAAGGACGCAUUUCUACCAUUGUAUGCAAACUUGCUUGGAUUUUACGCCAUCUCAAACUGCAUUUUCAGUGUGGGAACUGAGGACGAAGCAUCUCUACUCUCUGGUGUUCUUGAAAUGGGUACAUCCAUCAAUCCUUUUCUUAGAAACCCUCUGAUUUCUAACCUAUAUUGGUUAAUAGUUAGACUUCACAAGACAAAAGUUGGUGCAGCUACUGACAAGUUGAACACCAAAUUCCAAGUGGACAUAAUUUGGGAUAAUUUUGAUCCAUACUUUCUUCUUAGGUAGUGUCUAACAGCAACAAUAGCAUCAUAGUUCAUAUAGCAGUGUUCAAAUUCUUCUUUCAGAAUGCAUAAUAGCCCAUUUUGGGGCCUGUAUGAGUUUUUGACAUAUUAUUACCUCAGACCGUGUACCUUUUACCCAUUUUGUAUGCUGCAAUGCAGUGUUGUGGUUAUUAGCAUAUUAUGAAUUCCACUCUUAUGAAUCCCAUUUUGGGGCCUUCAACCAAACACUAUUUAAGGCUUACAAAUAAAAUGAAUCCUAAUAU